UUCAAUUUUUUCUCCUUAAGACCAGAAUUUAUUCAACAGGUGUGUGACAAACAGAAAGCUGUGUUGUUAGCAGAUAUGGCACACAUCAGUGGAUUGGUUGCAGCUGGUGUUAUCCCUUCACCUUUUGAUUAUGCUGAUAUAGUGACUACCACAACUCACACGUCACUUCGUGGACCACGUGGAGCUCUGAUCUUUUUCAGGAAGGGAUUAAAAGAAGUCAACAAACAAGGAAAAGAGGUGUUCUAUGACUAUGAGGACAAAAUCAAUCAAGCUGUCUUCCCCGGACUACAAGGCGGUCCUCACAACCAUACCAUUACUGGUUUAACUGUUGCAUUGAAGCAGGCUACAACUCCCGAGUAUAAAGCAUAUCAAGAGCAGGUUCUCAGCAAUUCCGCAAAAUUUGCACAGGCUUUGACUGAGAAAGGCUAUGAGCUUGUUUCUGGUGGGACUGAGAAUCAUUUAGUUUUGGUGAAUUUGAAGAACAAGGGUAUUGAUGGCUCCAGAGUUGAGAAGGUGUUGAAAUCAGUACAUAUUGCAGCUAAUAAAAUCACGGUUCCAGGAGAUGUGUCUGCUAUGGUUCCCGGUGGAAUCAGGAUGGGAACUCCUGCUCUUACUUCAAGGGGAUUUGUUGAGGAGGAUUUCGUUAAGGUAGCCGAGUAUUUUGAUGCAUCUGUGAACUUGGCUUUGAAGAUUAAGGCAGAGAGCAAAGGAACAAAAUUAAAGGACUUCGUGGAAACAUUGCAGUCAUCCUCUUACGUGCAAUCAGAGAUUGCCAAGCUUCGCCAUGAUGUUGAGGAGUUUGCUAAACAAUUUCCAACCAUUGGUUUUGAAAAAGCAACCAUGAAGUACAAGAAAUAAGAAAACGAAAAAUUUUCACCAGUGGCGGGCAACACUAUGGUCAAGUGGUUCGAGGUGAUCAGUUUUCCUGAUUGGAAGAGGAGGAUUAUAUAUAGCAGAUGAAAAGCAUUAGGCUGGAACUUUCUUAUGUAUGAAACUAGAAAAACUUGAUCAGAUAUCUUCUUGCAAUGUAUAGAUACAUCAUCUAUUUAUAAUCUAUUAAAUGUGAAUUGUGACUCA